AGAGUGUUGCGGGGAGACGUGGGGGUGUGGAGAGCGUUGCGGGGAGUGUGUUGGAUAAGGUAGAGUGGCGAGACGAAGGAAGAGUGUUGCGGGGAGUGUGAGGCACGUGAGAGAGUGCGAGGUUCACGAGUGAUUGUGAGACGAGUGAGUGUACGCUGAACGAGCUAGAGUGUGAGGAGUGUUGCGAGUGUGAGAACAGUGAGUGUGCGACCGGUGGUGAGUGUGUGAUGUGUGUGUGAGGGGUGCGAGUGGAGUGGUCAGUGAGUCUCUAGAGAGAGAGUCUGUGUGAGGAGUUCAGCGAGUGUGAGCGAGUGUGGCGAGUGUGAGUUGAGUGUGGAACAUUGUGACAGGCGUCGCGAGUGAGUGUGCGAGGCGUGUGUGUGUGUGAGAGUUCACCUGGUGAGUGAGUGGGAGUGGUUAUGGUUACGCCUACAGCCAGCAAUCAGUACGUGGUGGUGUGCCAGCGUACUGGAUUAUAAAUAGGGAGCGUCGAGUGCCUGCCGUGUGUAUGUGUGUGUGCCCGAGUCUUCUGCGUGUAAGUUGUGGCCAGGACACGUGUGUGGGUGAUUGUCGAGGGGAGUUUCACGUCGAAGGAAGGUGGUGCUAUGUCUCUGCGCGCCGCGAUGUUCGAUCUCGGAGGGGUGCUGGUCAAGCUGCCGCCGCCAGACCUCUUGCACCAAAGCGCCUCCAGCCUGCCGAGGGAGCUCCUGGAGGCUGUGUUCGAUGUCAAGAACGAGAGGGACGUUUCCAUGCACAAACUGGAGCGGGGAGAGCUCACUCUGGAACAGUUCUACCCGGAGUUCAACGAGGAGUGCCACCGGGAAGCCAAGCUCCGGGGCCUGAGCGUGCCUGAGGGCUUCACGGCCGAGGGGUUCUUCGAGAGGUUCCACGCGGGCAGCCUCAACGAGCCCAUGCUAAGGGCGGCACAGCAGUUGCGCAGCCACGGCUUCAAGACCUGCGUCCUGACGAAUAACUGGGUGGACGACAGCGCGGCCCGCGGCGCCACCUCCAACUUCAUGUCGGUCCUGCGUCGCAGCUUCGACCUGGUGAUCGAGUCGUGCCGCGUGGGCCUGCGCAAGCCGGACGUCGCCAUCUACGCGCUGGCCCUGCGGCAGCUGGAGGCGACUCCGCAGCAGGUGGUGUUUCUGGACGACAUUGGCGCCAACCUGAAGCCAGCCAAGGAGAUGGGGAUGACCACCAUCCUGGUGAAGGACACCGCGGUGGCGCUGCGCGAGCUGGAGGCCGUCACGGGCGUGAAGCUGGGGCCAGACAGCGCCACCGCCCUCGCUCCCGUGCCGUGCGAACCGGAGGAUGUGUCUCACGGCUUCAUCGACAUCAAGCCCGGUGUGAAGCUGCACUACGUGGAGAUGGGAGAGGGGCCGGUCGUGUGCCUCUGCCAUGGCUUUCCGGAGAGCUGGUAUUCGUGGAGGUACCAGAUCCCUUGUCUGGCUGACGCUGGCUACAGGGUCAUCGCCUUCGACAUGAUCGGGUAUGGAGACUCGAGCCAUCCACAAGAUAUCGAGGAAUACUCGCAGGAAAAUAUCUGCAAGGGAAUUUUAAGCUUUUUGAACAAGCUGGGGAUUCUUCAGGCCACGUUCCUGGGCCACGACUGGGGCGGUGUGGUCGUGUGGAACCUCGCGCAGAAAUUCCCCGAGAGGCUUCGGGCGGUGGGCAGCAUCAACACCCCGUUUCUGCCGACCAACCCGAGCGAGAAUCCCGCGGAGAAGAUGGCGAAGAAACCAGGCGUGUUCGACUACAUGCUCUACUUUCAGAAGCCGGGAGUGGCCGAGGCAGAGUUAGAAAAGAACCUGGAGCGGACGUUCAAACUCUUCUUCAGGUACCCGGAGGAUGCGGACCCUACAAAAAACACGUCCAACGUCAGGGAGAGAGGGGGUAUUUUCGUCGGCUUGCCGGAAGACCCCGCGAUGAGCUCGCUGCUCAGCGAAAAGUCCCUGCAGGUGUACGUGCAGCAGUUCACCAAGUCGGGCUUCAGGGGGCCCUUAAACUGGUACCGCAACAUGCAGGCCAACUGGAAGUGGCUCCCUCUGUCGGCAAAGUGGAAGGUGCGAGUCCCAGCACUGAUGGUCACGGCAGAAAAGGACCCUGUCUUGUCCCCACUGAUGACCACCGGCAUGGAGUCUUGGGUGCUGAACUUGACCCGAGCCCACAUCGCAAACUGUGGCCACUGGACUCAGAUGGAGCGCCCUGCUGAGCUCAACAAGAUCCUGGUUGAGUGGCUGGCAAAGGUGCACGAGCUGGGCGCGCACCAGAAGCAAGCCAAGCUCUGAAGGAGGUGUACCUUGGCUGGGUCAUGUAGCUCCCUUGCAUGCCCAACAACCGCAUGCCCAAGCAGCUUUCUGUUUUGCCGGAUAGAGGGGGGGUGGUCUUAAUGGGCACGACACGGGAUGGAGAAGAGAUGGAGCUGAUGGGGUACGGGAGGAGGUCGAGCUGAAUGGACUUGCCAAAGACUGGUACCAGCGGUGUCAAGAUCGGCCUUUGUAGAGGAGGCUCUUGCACGCUACUGGACAGUUAGAGGCAGCCGCCCUCCAACAACAACGGAGGGCAGAGGAGCGACGCUCACAACAACGAGCAGAGCACCGGGCGGCUAAAAUUCAGCAAGUUGGCACAGUAUGGGGCACAGGUGGUGGCAUCUGCCAGUCAUCUCAGUCAGUCAACCCAUGGCACCAGGGUCUAUCCCGUGACAUCCUGUCAGCGAGCCUUCAACACUUCACGUGGCCUCAAAGCGCACCUGGCCUGGCACAGGUGCCGUGGUGACGUCACCGUCACUUAGUGGCGAAUGGCGGCUAUUGGUAUAUUGGUAUUGGUGGCUUACACAUUGAGCAAGCGAAGCGGGAGUGCCUGCAGUGGUUAAUUGGUGGUGGUUAUACAUCCAAGCAAUCAAUAAACAUUCCAUCAAUAAAUGUC